AUGACCCAAAUUUCGGCCGGCCUUUUCCCCUACUCAUCCUUCAGCCUCCAAUCAAAGGAUUCCCUUGAUCUUUGCCUUUUCCGUGAGUAUGAUUUUUUGCAUAUAUGUUUGAUUGAACAACAUUCCGUAAAAAAAUUGAAAAAAACGGAAAAUCUCGAAUUUAGUUCAUUUUACCGAUACGUGUCUCCUUUUUGUUUGUUCUGGCUUCUGCGGAAUCAAUCAAUCAUGGAACUUUUUCCAGUCAGCCAAGAAAUCGAUCCAAUUUUUGAAAAAAAUAUAAUGGUUAUCGAUUUUUUUAAUAAUCGGUUUAGCAAGCAUUUUUUUCUCUUAAAAAAAUGAUUUAUUUUUGAAAUAAUUUCUCAGCGCUUUUUUUGAAUUUUAUUUUCAACCAUCCAAUUGAAAAAAAUUAAGCAACAUGCAAUUCAAAAUUUUCACUGAAUAAACAUUAUUUUUUUCUAGAAAAGGAGUUUUUUUCCACCCUUUCCGCUGUCAGAAACGGCCAGUCAAGGUUGAAAAAAAAGUAAAGAUUAAUAUUGAAAACUCUGAUAAAUUCUUUUUUUAUUGAUUUUUUUCCAGGAAUGCCGAUAAGUGAGAGUGACCAGGAAGCUAUAAAGAAACUUCGCGAAUUGGUAAAAGAUCAGGUAUUUUUUGAUCUUUUUCUAAAGGUUUCAUGGAAAAAAAGAAAAAAAGAAUUAUAAAAUGUCAAGAAGUUUUUCUUUUUUUUUCUGAACCUGAAAACCUCAUUUUCAUUUUUUUCAAGCAUUUUAGGAAAGAUAUGAAAAUCCUGAUCAGUUUUUCUCGUUUAAAAGUCGAAAUUUCAUGUAUUUUCUCAGUUGACACCGUACUACGACACGGAUUUCAACCUACUCCGAUGGCUCAAAGGACACGACUAUAAUUAUGACGUCAUCAAGCCUAAGCUCUUGAACCACUUGUUAUUCCGAAAAUCCGAUUGGGACUUGGACCAUUUGGCCGACAAACCGAGGGAUCAUCCGGUUCACAAUCAUUGGAAGGUAUUUGGAAAAUAUAUUCGAAUAUAUGGAUUUUUUUUGGCUUUUUUUUGGCUUUUAAUGACCUAAAUCAUUAUUCAUCUUUCCUUCAUCAAAAGUACCUUGUCCAGCAAGCUAUCGAUUGAAAACUGAAAAAAUCGAACUUUUUUUUAGCAAUUUUUUUUUCUAUCAUAAAUAGCCCUGAAAAAAUCAUCUUCAUUUUUAUCUUUUUCAGUAAUAAAUCACUAAAUCUUCAGUCCGGCCUCACCGGAGUCGCUGAGAAAACUCCAAACACCAUCGUAAAUAUUGAGCAAACGGGAGCCAAUGACUACUGGGGGAUGCUCAAUUCCUAUCCGAUCAAUGAAAUUUUGAGGUAAAGCUUGUUUUUCAACAUUUUAUUUCGUUUUUCGGGAACUUCAGAGCUCGGGUACACGACCUCGAAAGUAUGCUUAGGGCUGUGAUGGAGCUGGAAGCGAGAACAGGUUUGUUUUGAAAAACGCUUAAAAGCUGAAAAAUUCAUUUUGUUUUAUAUUAUUGAUAGAGUACGAUUAAACUGUACUUUUUCGACUUUUUGAAAUUCUCUCGCUUAGUUAAGUUUUUUUAGUUUUUUUGGUCACGUUCCUUUUUUUUAAUUUUAAGCACUUCUCAGCGUCGUCAAAAAUGCCGCCGCGCUCAAGUAGUUUCGGGUCGGGCGAAUCUUUUGCAACGGACCGCAACACUUUGAGCCAUUCAACGUGCGGUCUUUUUCGCAAAAAUUUAGAAAACUAUUUUUUUAAAGAGUGUUUCUUUGAAUUUUUUUAACUUUCGGAUCAAAAAAAGUCUUUGAAGAAGUUUUUUUCUGAAAUGAACUUUUUCAUGUUCAAUUUCUAUACAAAAAUUUUUUUCUAUUCAAUUUUCAAAAAAAUCUUCAGGAGAACAAUGCUCAGUAAUCUACGUGAUGGACUUGACUGGCCUCAAAAUGGACCGAAAAUUGACGACCCUGGUUUCAGGUUCAUUUUUAAACGAAUUUUUCGCAAAUUUUUAAGAUUUUCAGGAGGAUUAGCCUCAAUUUCGGCUUUCAUGGCUGAACAUUAUGUCGAAAUGGUUCACAGUUUUGUGCUGGUCAAUGUUCCGUCGUUCAUUCACGCCGUUUGGUUUGAUUUUUCCGAUUUUCAUGAACAUUCAUAUUAUUUUUAGGACGAUUGCUAGACCACUUUUACCAGAGAAAACUCGAAAUAAGGUAAUUUGAAACUCGAAAUUCAAUUAAUAAUGUGUGAGAUUUAAGGUCAACAUAAUGGGAUCCAACUGGAAGGCCGAUAUUUUGAAAUUGGCCCAUGGGGAUUGUCUUCCUACUUAUUGGAAUGAGGAAGGAAAUAGAGAGGUGAGGGAUCGCUUGAGUGAUUUUUUCUGGAAGGGACAAAUUGAGAAGCGUAAAGUGUGUCUUUAAGUGAUCACUUCAUUAUCUUCAUAGUUUGAGAUUCUGGAAGUUUUGAAGCUUUCAUUUAUUUUUCAAGAAAGUUGUUGAGCCACUUCGGGCAUAACUUUUUUAGUAAAAUUAUAACCCCUUCAGGGACCACUCGGAAAAUUUUGAGAAGCCUUUUAAGGUUCAAAGAAGGCUGCAACUUUUUGAGUGGUCACUUAAGUAAUCUGUAAUUUUUCUCUUCAAAAAUUCGGGUUUUCGUUAAACUUCCUGAUAAAGUUUUGUUGAAGCAAGUUUUCAUAAUUUCUUUCCUCAAUUGUAACAUUAUAUAUUUUUAAAAAUUAAAAUUUUUCGAAUUUCAAUUAUUUCUAGUAUAUGAAUCUGUUAAUAAUUCAAAUUUUUGAGCCUUUCCACGCUCCGAUCGAACGAUGUGUGCCGUUCCCAACAGAAGGAUACUACAAGGGAACUGUUCCGAGUGAUAGCAAAAUUUUAUCAGUUGGUCCAGGGAAGACGGACUACGUUGAUGUGGAUGUUAAGGAGGUGGGGUACUAGAAAAAAAGUGAGAAAAACGAGAGAUUAGCAACGACUUGAAGAGACGGCAGAGAAACAGGAACUCUCUUUCUCUGACGUCUCUUCAGGCGAUCGUUAUCUCUCGCUUUUGCUUGUACGAUCUUUUUUAAAGCUCUUUCAUCAUCAGAAUCUGAAAAGAGCAAAGUUUUUCAUUGAUAUUUGCCAGGAAUCUCUAUAAUUCAAUGUGUUCCAAUAAAAGGCGAGUUCUGAGAAUCUGAAUUUCUGACUUUUAAAUGAAAAAGGCUCAAAAUAUUAUUCCAAAAAGAUUCAAAAAAAAUUUUAAAAUAUGCAACAUUUUUUUUUCCAGGGCCAGAAACUUUCCUGGGAGAUCCAUGCAAACGGACAUUUCGCUUUUGUCAUUUACAAAGUUGAGGAUGGAGUGGAAAACGAGAACUUGGCCAGAGUUUAUCCCUUGUUCAGCGUAAGUCUAAAUUCAUUUUUGAAAGCCAUUUUUUUCCAUUCUCAACUGUCUGUAUGCAUUCAAUGAAUCAUCACCUGUUUAUUAAGUUAAUUAUCUUUUUGUCCAAUUAUUUAGUAAAAGUACUUGUGGAUUGAAAAGGCUAUUAAAUUGAGGUGGAAUAAUUAUUUUAAUUAAAUGAGAUUAAUCAUGAAGGGAUUCCGUGAGAAACAGUAGGCUCCGCCUUGGCUUCUGGUCGCAUGGAGAAUGGCUCUCUCUGCACCAGAUCUCCUAGAUUCAUACUUAAGAAUAAUUCAGAAGAUCGAAGAGCGUUAAGAGGUUGAGUUAGAGCUGAAGAAGAAGCAUAGUUCGAAGCGCAAGUCAUGAAAUGUCGGGCGCAAUCAUUUUCUUGAGAUCACAACCUUUUCGUCGCAUUUAGUAUGGCUCAAUUGGUUGCGGUUUAAGCUGAAACUUCAAAAUAUUGUGUUUGGAUCUCAGUUGAAGUCCUUUUGUGGUCGACCGCACUUUCUUAUUAAUUUUCGCGCAUUCAGCCAUUCUCAGUGCGACCCAUCUUUUUCAAGACCAGAAGAAUCAGCCUUUGAAAAUUUUCAUAUAGUCAGUUCAGAUUUUUAAUGUGCAAUGACGUCAUUCAAAAACACUCUGUGUAUGGCUCGCUCUCUGAUUGGUUUAUCGCACCAUUAGGGGCGGAGCUUGAGCGACGACUUGACGUUCAAAAUCUGAACAGACUAUCAAAUUUCUUUAGCAACUUUCUGGUCUUUAAUACAACUUUCUCUUAUUUUUCUCCAUUUUCAGAAAAUCCCAGGACCAACUCUUGUCCCCUGUGUGGAUAACUUGAUCUGCCGACAUAAUGGUGACAUUUUUAUCCAAUUCAUUUUUUUUCCCAAUUCCAAAACCUGAAAUUCCAGGUAAAUACCGAUUAUGGUUCGGCAAUCAGCACGCGUGGUUCCACACGUUGAAAAUCAACUAUUCUCUGAAAAUUGAAUAA